AUUUAGCGGAACCUGCGUCAGAAUAUGUCGUCACAUGUCCUGUGCUAGCGUUGUACAGCUGGCAAAAGAAUCCUAAAAAUAUUGCAAAAAAAUCUAGUGUUUAAAUUAAAGGACAAUGAGCACAACAUUGCAGGUUUAGGUUGUGUCAUUUUCAUUGAUAGUCUCGAAGCUAACGUCUCUGCGCGGUUUGUUACCGUUAACGCUAAACAAUGUCGGAACCUCAAGGAAGUAAAAACACGAACACGGAACCAUGGGGCGGAUUUGAUGACAACAUUAUCCAGGGCAGUAACUCUGCAGUGAUAGACAUGGAGAAUAUGGACGACACCUCUGGAUCCAGCUUUGAGGAUAUGGGGGAGAUCCAUCAGUCCAUGAAGGAGGAGGAGGAGGUGACAGCCGAUGCAGAAGCUACGGAGGAGGACACUGGAGAAGAUGGAGAGUUCCUCGGCAUGAAGGGCUUGAAGGGACAGUUGGGCAGACAGGUUGCUGAUGAGGUAUGGCAGGCAGGAAAGCGUCAGGCCUCGAAAGCUUUCAACCUGUAUGCUAAUAUUGACAUCCUCAGACCGUACUUUGAUGUGGAACCUAUUCAAGUCAGAAGCCGGUUGAUUGAAUCUUUGAUACCUGUCCGAGUGAUCAACUUUCCACAGAAAGUUGCUGGAGAACUGUAUGGACCACUGAUGCUGGUGUUCACAAUGGUGGCCAUUCUGCUUCAUGGCAUGAAGACAUCAGACACUGUCAUCAGAGAGGGAACCCUGAUGGGGACUGCCAUUGGAACCUGUUUUGGAUACUGGUUGGGAGUCUCCUCCUUCAUCUACUUCAUUGCUUACAUUUGCAAUGCUCAGAUUACUAUGCUGCAGAUGUUGUCUUUGCUAGGUUAUGGUCUCUUUGGCCACUGUGUGGUCCUUUUCAUCACCUACAACGUCCACUUUCACUCGCUCUUCUACCUUCUUUGGUUGGCUAUUGGAGGGCUCUCUACACUCCGCAUGGUGGCUGUGCUGAUCUCCCGUACAGUAGGGCAGACUCCUCGGCUCAUCUUGUGUGGCACCCUGGCUGCUCUGCACAUGCUCUUUCUGCUCUACUUGCACUUUGCUUACCAUAAGAUGGUUGAAGGUAUUCUGGAUACAUUGGAAGGACCCAACAUUCCUCCCAUUCAGAGAGUGGCCAGAGAUGUUCCCAUUAUUGCAAACACUGUUGUAAAUGCAACCAUAAAGACGAUAGCUGCAAUUGUACAGACACAGUGACUAUAGAUUUGCCAUCUGGGUGGUCACACAGGCCAGUGUGAGUUUAGUGUGUGUGUAUGUAUGUAUGUAUGGUCAGGACAGUUUCUAUAGAGCACCAUUUAAAUCUUAAAGAGAUCCUGGUACCGUCAAAGUCAUUUUAAGGGACACUUUAAGCUCAAGAUGACUUGUGUGGCUCAUAUUAUUAUGAGACAACAGUUUUGACAUGCUGUCCACAUCACUUUACACUUUUCUUAAAUAUUUUUUGUUGCAAAGGUUUUACAGGCCUACUACUGUUAGACGGUUUAUUCAGAUUAUGGAUAAAACCAUUUAUCUCAUCAACAAAUAAACAUUUCUUUAAGAUGCUAAUACUAAUGACAAAAAAGAUCCUUCAGAAUGUUUCUGCAAUUAAUAGCAGCUGGAUUGUUAUGCUCUUACAUAAACGGAGCUCUUUCCAGUCGAUUGUCCAAACAAACGGUUUCAUCUACAGCAAAUGACAUGACACAACACUUGUUCUGCUUUUAGAUCUUGUUGCUUAAGUUCUUUUGUUCACAGUUGAAGAGGAGGUUUUCAUCAGGACUAGCAGAUAAAUCCUGUCUUGAUUUGAAGGCACAGUGUAUAGAUGGAGAACUGUAAUUAUAUUUUAUUUGAGGAUGAGAGAAAUCUAUGGUGCAUGAGAUCUUUUUUCUUAUUCAUUUUUUAAGCAGCAAUUGUGCUGUCUCUAUUUAAAGCUCUGGUUGAGGGUUAGAAGUGCUCUCUCGUUAUGCUAUCAUUUUCAUGUGAUCUUCCUAUUUAAAAGGUAUUUGUAAAGAGAAAAUAAAGGAAUUAAAGCUCA